GGUUGGAAGAGUAUGGGAGACGACCGCCGUUGGAGUCUCUUUGACCAGCUCUCCAGAACAUCAACCAUAUCCUGUCCUCCGCGACCGACCGACCGACCGACCGAGUACCCAGAAUGGCUUUGCCACGAGGACUGCUGCAAUACGUCUGCAGCAUCGUACUGCUAGUCGCAUCCGUCAAUGCCCUGAAAUUCGACCUCGCAGCCACUCCACAGCGCGACGGUAAAAAGGAGCGAUGCAUCCGUAAUUUCGUUGCCAAGGACACUCUCGUCGUGGUCACGGCUAUUGUCAGCGGUUCCAAGGGAGAUGGCCAGCUGGUCAACAUGCACAUCAGAGAUACCGUCGGUAACGAAUACGGCCGCCCUAGAGACGUCGCUGGCGAGCAACGGACCGUUUUCACGUCGCACGCCGAUGCUGCCUUUGACGUAUGCUUCGAGAACACAUUGCAGGGGGGCCGAAACAACAACCCCAUUCGCCAUGUCGAGCUGGACAUCGAUAUUGGCGCCGACGCCAAGGACUGGUCCGCAAUCCAGGCCACCGAGAAGUUGCGCCCUGUCGAAGCAGACCUGCGCCGCUACGAAGAGAUGAUUCAGGAGAUCGUGACUGAGAUGGACUAUCUGCGCGCCCGCGAGCAGAAGCUGCGAGACACCAACGAGAGCACCAACACCCGCGUCAAGUGGUUCGGUAUCGGCACCACCACGCUCCUCGUCGCGCUUUGGGGCUGGCAAAUCAUGUAUCUACGAGCCUACUUCCGGUCAAAGCACUUGAUUUAAAGAGGGACAGCACUCCAUAUCUUGUCAUAUAUGGAGAGACGACGAAGGAGCUCAGAUAUAGUUUUGGCUUGCCCUUCUAUGACUCCAAGUGGGAGCAUUACAGAAACGCCAUAUUCCUGGGAAUGAUAAACUAGAAGCCUACCGAAUGGGGGGGUUAUUACUGGGAAGAGGCAGAAACUACAUCAAUGCGUGAUAGCCAGAAGCAUCAUGCUUGUAAAUAUAGUCUGUAUGAUCGUCCGAGGCGAUAUAAUGGGGUGUUCGGUGGUCGAAAAACGGGUAUGAAUCAAUUACUUGGGUAUUCUUUACCUCUUUGUGAUAUGCGAUGAAUGAGGUGACUUUGCGACGGGUAACGUACUUUCAAUUUCUGGACUCGGAAUUGGCACUAUGAUUUAUAAACUGGAAUAAUAGACCGUCUUGUUACUACACUA